AUGGAGGUAGAUGUUAAAGUAGAGGGUGAAGAAGAUCAUGUAAAAAUGGAAAGGGAAAGGUGGUCCGAGGUAUGGAAGUAUUAUACCAGACUUCCAAUUGGUACAGAUGGUAGGGAAAGGGCUGAAUGCGAUAGGUGCAAAAAAAGAUACAUUUAUGAAACAAAAAAUGGGACAGGUAGCUUAAGAAAUCACAUUCCAAAGUGUCCAAGAAGGGACAACAGUGACAUAACACAAUUCAUUUUUGCAAAAUCAGGUGGUUCCAUUUCAAUAAAUUCCACAGUUUUUAAACCCGAAAGAUUUCGUGAACUUAUUAGUGAAGCUAUUGUCAAGCACGACCUUCCCUUUAAGUUUGUAGAGUACACGGGAAUUAGAGAAAUCUUUAGUUACUUAAAUGAAAAAGUUACCAGAAUUACUAGAAACACUGCUAAAGAAGAUGUGUUGAAUUUGUUUAAAAGAGAAAAAGGAAAAUUCAAGAAAUUGUUUGAGUUACUUCCUCGUCGGAUUUCAUUAACUGUUGAUUUGUGGUCUUCUAUUAACACAGACGGUUUCUUGUGUGUUACUUCUCACUUUAUUGAUGAGGAGUGGAAGUUGCAAAAAAGAAUUUUGAACUUUCAAUAUAUGCCACCUCCACAUAAUGGCUUGUUUACAAUCACAUUAGAUAAUGCUGCAAGUAAUGAUACUUUUGUCAAUCUCCUAAAAGGUCAAUUAUGUAAUGAAGGUGCACUUCGUAGUAAUGGGGAUUAUUUUCAUGUUCAAUGUUGUGCUCAUGUGUUGAAUUUAGUUGUGCAAGAUGGCUUGAAGGCUAUUGAUGAAGGGAUUGUCAAAAUUAGAGAAUCUAUCAAAUGGAAUGCUAAUUUUCUUAUGAUUGAAAGUGCUCUUUUUUAUCGUCGUGCUUUUUUCCGUUUAGCACUAAGUGAUUCUAAUUACUUAGAUUGUCCAAGUAAUGAAGAAUGGGUUGAAAGAACUUUAAAAGAAGAAAUAGAAAGUUCGGAUACGUUUAUGAAGAUAAUGGCUUGCAAAAUGUAUGAGAAGUUCUCUAAAUAUUGGUCCGAGUAUAGUCCAAUUUUGGCCAUGGCUGCAGUUUUGGAUCAACGUUAUAAAAUGCAAUAUGUUGAGUUUACUUACAAAAAACUCUAUGGAAGCAGUUUUCGUGAGCAUAAUGAUUGUAUUCGGGAGAAGUUACAUGAUCUAUUUGGUGAAUACGUUAUUGAAUUACCCAUGUCUUAUAGAGCAUCAACCGUUUCAACAAGUGAUUCAAGUAAUAGUGUUUACAAAAAGAAAGAUGACAAGACACUUAGUAAAAGCACGAGAGAAAUGCUACAAGAGUUCACAGUGUAUGAAACUAAGGAGUUUGCUUUGUCUCAAAAAUCACAAUUAGAGAUGUAUCUAGAUGAACCAAGAAGUGAAGUAACUGAAGAUAUAAAUGUACUUUCUUUUUGGAAAGCUCAUCAAUAUCGUUAUCCGGAACUUGCUUCCAUGGCUCGAGAUAUUUUGAGCAUCCCCGUCUCCACGGUUGCAUCUGAAUCAGCAUUUAGUAAUGGUGGUCGUGUUCUUGAUCAAUAUCGGAGUUCGUUGAAACAUGAAAAUGUUGAAGCUCUAAUUUGUGCAAAAGAUUGGUUGUUUGGGAUUAAAGGUGAUGAAGAAUUAUGUUUACAAUAUCUUACAAAAGAUGUUAUGAAGUUGGAUAGCCAUGCCAAUGGUACACAUGAAGAAAUGGAGUCACAAGCUUGA